CAAAAUGACGCCAUGACGCAUGCUCAGAGCCUCAGAGUUCGGUAGCUUCCCUUCGUUCCUUUGGAAAGUUCUCCUGCUCGCUUAAACAUGUCUGACGUGGAAAACGAUGAUGUGCCAUCUGCGAUGGCAGCAGGUGGUAAUAUGGAUGUAAAUACUGCACUGCAAGAAGUUUUAAAAAAUUCUCUUAUUCAUGAUGGUGUUGUACAUGGGCUCCAUGAAGCUGCCAAAGCUUUAGACAAACGACAAGCUAUGCUCUGCAUCCUAGCAGAUAACUGUGAUGAACCAAUGUACAAGAAAUUGGUUCAAGCAUUAUGCAAUGAACAUCAAAUUCCAUUGAUAAAAGUAGAUAAUAAUAAAAAAUUAGGCGAAUGGGCUGGCUUAUGUAAAAUUGACAGUGCUGGCAAAGCGCGCAAAGUUGUUGGCUGCUCAUGUGUCGUUAUAAAGGAUUUUGGUGAAGAUACACCUGCCAAGGAUGUUCUAAUGGAAUAUCUUAAACAAAGCGCUGUACAUUAAAUUCUUUUAAUAAAAUAUUUGACAUAAACCACAUAAA